UCCUGGCGACUACGCUUGUCUAGUCAAGGCAAGCCGGCGUCACUGAGAUAUCGCCAUAUCGAGCCCUUUCGGCUCGCCGCACUCCGCCUCUGCCACAAUGGCUUCAUAUAAUGCCUACCGGAACAAGCGGGCGGCCCACAGGGCAGCCAGCUACGACUCGCGCUGGCGGAUCUUCCCGCAGAACGGCAGAAGCAGGUCACUACCGGGGAACUGGGAGGCCAGCAACGAGGUCGAUAUGGUGGGGCAGCCACUCACUCUACACCACACCGUCCCUGAGGUCCCAACGACUGCCGGCAGCAGCGCCCACGGCCCAGCAACCGACCGGCCAGAGACUAGCGAGUCAAGCGCACAGCUCCGCCAGCCCGAUGCCGCUGCCGCCGCUGCUGGUGCCGCCCCGGACCCGUUGAUGUCCGCCGAGCCCGGCCCUGCCACGAUAACCCAAAGUGUCCUGCGCCAGAGGACCGCGGGGAGUCAGGAAUCUUUAAGUACGACCGCCGCUGAGCAUGUGAACAAGGCCGAGGAGCCCAAGAAGUCACGUACCUUUUUCAAGCACCUCACGCCGAAGGAACCCUUCACCGUCGGGAACCAGAUCAGGCGGACGCUGUUCAACUCCUGGAUCAAUCUGCUGCUGCUAGCGGCCCCCGUCGGCAUUGCCAUCAACUACGUCCCCUCUGUCAGCAGGAUUGCCGUGUUUGUGGUCAACUUUAUCGCCAUCGUUCCCUUGGCCGCUAUGCUGAGUUUUUCCACCGAAGAGAUCGCCCUGCGGACGGGCGAGACGCUGGGCGGGUUGUUGAACGCCACCUUUGGCAACGCCGUAGAGCUCAUUGUGGCCAUCAUCGCGCUGGCCCACCGGGAAGUCGUCAUCGUGCAGACCUCCCUCAUCGGGAGCAUUCUCUCCAACCUGCUUCUCGUCAUGGGCAUGUGCUUCUUCUUUGGCGGCCUGCGUCGCCAGGAGCAGUUCUUCAACACGACCGUCGCCCAGACCGCCGCCAGCCUCCUCGCCCUGGCCGUGGCUGGUGUCAUUGUUCCCACCGUCUUCGACAUCGCCAGCAAUACCAGUCAGGCCGACGUCGCGAAGCUCUCUCGCGGCACCUCGGUCAUCCUGCUCGUCGUUUACGCUGCCUACCUCGUCUUCCAAUUGAAAACACACUCCAAAGUCUUCGCCGAAGUGUCCCAAAAGGUCGAGGCCCGCCCCUUCAAGCACCCACUCCACCUUGGCCCGGCGCCGCUCAAAGAGGGCGCCGUCACUCGGGGCUUGGUCGCCCCAGCGGGCCUCUUCGGCGGCGGGCUCAUCUCGAGCCGGACCGAGAACGAAAAGAUCCGCAACGUGGUGACCCAGCCGCCCCGCAAGAAUCCCCAGGACGAAGAGGCGGCAGCGGAGGCGGCGGUGGCGGAGAAGGAGGGAUCGGAGGAGGAGGAAGAGGAGAGCGAGGAGCCGCAGCUGCACUUCCUGGUCGCCGUGGCCACACUGGCCCUCUCCACCGUCGUCAUCGCCCUCUGCGCCGAGUUCAUGGUCGACGGCAUCAGCGCCGUCACGGCGGGCGGCGUCGUCAGCGCCGAGUUCGUCGGCCUGAUCCUGCUGCCCAUCGUCGGCAACGCGGCCGAGCACGCCACCGCCGUCACGGUCGCCAUCAAGGACAAGAUGGACCUCGCCAUCGGCGUCGCCGUCGGCUCCAGCAUGCAGGUCGCCCUCUUCGUCAUCCCCCUGCUCAUCGUCAUCGGCUGGGGCAUGGGCAUGGACGACAUGUCGCUCAGCUUCGACCCCUUCCAGGUCGCCGUGCUGUUUGUCGCCGUCCUGCUCGUCAACUACCUCAUCGCCGACGGCAAGAGCCACUGGCUCGAGGGCAUGCUGCUGAUGUGCUUGUACUGCAUCAUCGCCGUUUGUUCCUGGUGGUAUCCCACCGACCAGAACGAGCUGAGCGGAGGAGAAAGCGCCCAAAAGACCAUCUAAAAGCCUGGUGCUCCGAUUCCGGUCCGAGGCCGAGCUCGAUGUAUAUAUAUGUGGACAUUGCGUAGUUAUGGGACACCGGAUGCGAGUGUGGCAGAAGCAGGGGCGUACACCACGGAGCAGGAUAGAGACCGCCGGAUGAGUUCAUUCUCAGACUUUUCUUUUGCUUUCUUUUCUUCUCCUUGCUCUCUUUACUUCUUCUGUUUGUUUUUAUUAGCGUUAUUAUUUUUAGUUCUCAGUUGCCCGCUCCCUUUCCGGUCCAGGCUCCCUCUUCCUUAU